CCAUUUCUGUGGGAAAAUUUUUUUUGCCCUCCAUUUCUCUUCACAACUCCUACGUGACUAGUCUUCUCUAUCUGGCCUCGCGCAACAAAAUAUUGGGUCAUCAUUUCCUCUCAACGGCCUUUUGGUUAUAGGGAAAUCCCAGGGCACUCCUUGACCAUAUUACUUAAUCACUUUCCUUUUUCUUUUUGCUAUAUCGCCAUUUGCGGUAACAGUUCUAAACUUUGAAAUGGCAGCAAAGUUGAUAGAUUCUGAAAAACCUGAAGAUGAGGUUGACUUGACAGAUGGCCAAAUCCAACAACUUCUUCUGGAAGCAGAAACGCGAAUGGGACCACCUGAGACGAAGUCUUCUGAAUUUCUCACCACUAAUAGCGCAUCUGCUGAUAAAUCGAAGUCAGAGUCAGCACUGUUAAACAUUCCAGGUUUAUCGUUAGAUAAAGUUUUAAGACCCUAUGUCCGCAAAGAGGGCGAAGUUGCUACAACAGACUCACGAGCCAUCAUCUCUUCUCAAAGGGACAUGUCUAUAGUACAUGACCAAAUACGACCUUCCAAUAAACAAGGUCGGAAUUCGUUGAAAGAUAAGACGACUGCAGGAAGUGAUUGGUUCGAUUUGCCGAAAACAGAAUUGACAACAGAGCUCGGAAGGGAUUUAAAACUUCUACGCAUGCGUUCUGUGCUUGACCCGAAAAGGCACUAUAAAAAAGAGAACGGAAACUCGGGGCUCCCAGAGUUUUCUCAAGUUGGAACUGUUAUCGAAGGUCCGACUGAAUUCUUUAGUGCACGUAUUACAAAGAAGGAACGCAAGAGAACUUUUGUCGGGGAAGCUCUUGCUGUUGAGCGGGAGACGAGGCAUUUUGAAACCAAAUACAAUAAUAUCCAGGCGUCUAAAAGAAGCGGCAAAAAGUCCUUCUACAGAAGUCUGAGAGCCAAGAGAAACCGGAAGGCUUUCCCACUUACAUGAAAGCAAAUAGGAACCGGGUAUAUUGAAGACGAGUUUAUCCGGUCACAAAUCAGCAAGUUGAACAUGCCUGCCACAGUGCAUUCAACAAGUCUCUGUUCCCGUCGUUAGUACCGAAGAUCGUAUAUGAUGUGUAGUGACGACUGAUCGCCAGCACACUUACUUGCAUAUCAAUAGCCGCAUGACGACCUUCCUCAAGGACUUCUUCAUGGUUUGCCUUCCCUUCUUGCAAGAUGUCGUCCAAUUCAUUGGCAGCCGUUCUCUGAAGAAGAUGAUCGUCUCCACGGGGAGCAGGAGAAAGGACCGCGCUGUUUGUCACAAGGCUAAAUGCCAACACUCGAAUUCCACAGUGUCUGGCGACAAUUAUUUCUGGUAUUGUCGACAUGCCAACCAAAUCGGCGCCUAGCUGUCGAAGCAUACGACAUUCUGCCCUGGUCUCGUAG